GUUUCGGUCUGUGAUCCAACCAGCUGCUCCUUGCCAUGGACGCGUUUUUGGUGCCGCUGACUCACGCGCCGCCCAGCUCAGUCCCGGCUUUGGCAGCAUCGCGCAGUCGGAGCCUGGCCGGCAGCCCGGGCGCCGUCCUCACGGCGGCCGCCGCUUUUGCCGCCGCCCGUUCCGCGCGGAGCGCGAAGAGGGGCACCUCCCGGGCGACGAAAGGGGAUGAGAUCAAAUUCGCUCCCGCAGACUCGGGCGACGACGACGUGGAGGCGGCAGAGCUUCCGCUGGAGCAGAGGGCACAAGCUCUGGCAGAGUCAUUGCCUGCACUGGCGCGGCUCCGGGGCUCCGUGGUGGUGAUCAAGUACGGUGGCGCCGCGAUGGUCAAAAGCCCGGAGCGCACCAUCCGGGACGUGGCGCUGCUGGGGGCCUUGGGCCUGAAGCCGGUGCUGGUGCAUGGGGGCGGCCCCGAGAUCAACAGCUGGCUGGCCAAGGUGGGCAUCGAGCCCAAGUUCGUGCGCGGCCUGCGUGUCACCGAUGCGGACACCAUGGAGGUCGUUGCCAUGGUCCUCAUGGGCAAGGUGAACAAGGGCAUUGUCGCCACCAUGGGCGCCGCGGGCGUCCCCGCCGUUGGGCUCAGCGGCGUCGACGGUGGCCUGCUUCAGGCCAAGAAGGUGGACGACGAAGAGCUCGGCUUCGUGGGAGAGGUCACAGGCGUCAAGAAGGAUGUGCUCAAAGCAGCUUUGGAUAAAGGGUUGGUACCCGUUGUUGCCACAGUGGCUGCGGAUGCGGAGGGCAACUUCUUGAACGUGAACGCGGAUAUUGCGGCAGCGGCCAUCGCAGGAGCGCUGGAUGCUGAGGAGUUCGUGCUGAUGACGGACGUGCCCGGCAUCCUCCGUGAUGUCAAGGACGCUGACUCGCUGAUCUCCGAGGUAGAUGAGGGCGGCGCCAAGAGGCUUAUUGACGAGGGCGUGGUGGCCGGCGGCAUGAUUCCCAAAGUCACCUGCUGCCUGAGCGCGAUCGAUGACGGCGUGCAGGCCACGCACAUCAUCGACGGGCGCCGGCCUCAUGCGUUGCUGGAGGAGCUUUUCUCCACGAAGAGCUCCGGAAAGCAGGGCACCACCAUCAGCAAAUGCUGAGCAUGCAGCGCCCGCUGGUUAGGUGUGCGUGCGCCCUCCUCAGACUUGCUCAUCGCUUGAAGGCUUGUGAUGGAGUUGCAAGCCGUCCUAUUUUGCCAUGAAGGGGUUGCUCACUGCAUGUUGCA